AUGCCCCGCCCACCGCCUCCCCAGCGAACAACCUUUUCCACCUUCACCUUCUCAUCACCAUCACCACUAUCACCACUAACACCAUACCAUACCAUACCACCACCACCACCAUUCUUACUCCCUCAUCAUCAUCACCGUCUUCAUCCUCCCACCUUCACCUCCUCAUCACCAUCACCACCACUAUUACCGCUAUCACCACAUAACAUACCACCCCCACCCUCUCUUAUCCCUUCCACUUCUAGCCCCCCUCACCUCCCCCCUCCUCGUCAUCCACGCCCCCAGACUGUCGGUUUCUGCGCGGCGGUGGGCCUCUGCUUCGCUCUCAUCAACGUGGACACGGUGAAGGAGGCGCUGGCCGGCUCCUACGUGAACUACUGCAACGCGGUCAGCCUCAACAUGACUGAGGAGCGGCUGAAGAUGGUGGAGAGUGUCAUCAGCAUAGAGGGAUUCAUAGGCAAUAUGAACACCAUCCUGAUCGUGUGCCUCGUCUUCUACAUCGUAUACUCCUUCGCCGCCUUGUUCCUCACCUACGGAGCCUGCACGAACAUCCGGUCGUUGUUGCUGCCGUGGUUGGCCGUGGAGGUCGUCCCCUUUGGCGUGCAGGUGGGGGCGGUCGUCGUCCUCUUCGUGUACGGCAGGGACGACCCCACGCUGUCCAGGGGCGGUGUCUACAUCGUGGCGGGGCUCAUUAACAUCGUGGCCUUUGUGUUCCACGUGUACUGGUGGCUGUGUCCCGUGGCGCUGUACCAGGCCCUGGGCGAGGAGGACGGCGGCAGGACCACCAUGGUACAGCCGCUGGUUCACCCCUCGCACCCCAUGUACCCCGCCGUCUUCAUGAAGUACUAGGCGGAGGAAUGAGGAGGAGGAUGAAGAAGGUCGAUGUAGAAGGAUAGAGGAGAGAGAAAGAUGAGAUGAUGAAAAGAUAAUGAGGAAAGGCAUAUUUAAUGGGAGAGUUUAUUAAUGUUUAAUUAAUAAUAUGUUUAAUUAAAUGUAGUGUUCUGAUGAUGGUGAUAGUGGUGGUGAUGAUAGUGGUGUUGAUGGUUAUUAUAUUGUAAAAGUGUUACUACUACUACUACUACUACUACUACUAUUACUACGCCUAUGGAAUAGAAGGGAGGAAAAUAUGCAAUAAUUGUAAUUGUUAGUGUGUUCUGGAAAAAGUGCAAUAUUUAUUUGUUUUCAUUAGAUGUCUCAAAGCGGAUUGGCCCGCGGUGUUAUGGACUCGCUCAGCACGAGUAUAUGGCGUUGUCGAUGCCUGUGAAGAAAGAAGAUCUAAAAUUUUAAAUCGCUUUUGCCCCCUGUCUUGCCCUAUGGCUGAGACAUGGACACUGAAUUGCGACUUGAAGAGGUGGACGGAUGCCUUUUGUAAUAAGUGCCUUCGCAGAAUCAUGGGAUAUCGCUGGAGCGACUUUGUGUCAAACCUGCGACUACUCCAUGAAUCUGAUUCGAGGCUUAUUACCCGCAUAGUCUGUGAAUACCAACUCCGGCUAUACGGGGAUGUGGCACGCUGCCCAGAAGCCGACCCUUCUUUUCGGGCUGUGGAAGAGGCCAAGGGUACGCCCACAGAGUUCGUGGCAUGAGCAGGUCGAUAGAUCCUGCCGGGAGGUAUUUAAUUUAGGAUGGGAAGGGGGCAGUAUAAAGAAGAAAGUAAUAUGUUUAUUUUAUGUGUUGAGGGAUGUCCACACUCCACAGUGCCUUAUUGUGCAGAAACCAGUGUAUACAUUUCUAUGAGGUGUUGUUUUAGGUCAUUUAGGCCAGAAUUUAGCGUGAUAGACAACCCCUAGUUAAUGGGUUAGCAAAAUGUUGUUGUAUCUCGUAGCUUAAGUAACCUUCUUGGAUGAACUUAAAAAAAAAAGAACUAUGGGACGAAAUGAGAUGUUGUCAUGUAUUAGAUACUUUAUUAUCAGCCUUUAUUGUGCUGAGUAACCUGAUUAUAGUUUUAAAAUAAUAAAACAGAGAGAAAAGGUAAAAGAUAGGACAGAAGGAGACAUAGGCAAGCAUUAGAUAUUUAGUCAUAAGUUUAUGUUGUGCCUAAUAAGUUUUUGCAAUAGAGCAAGCAAGAUAAUAUGUAGGACACGAAUGAAGCAGUUUACGAUGCUUUGGCAGAAGAUAGAAAAAAAAAAUGGAUAAAAUAUUAGACAAUGAUACUUAGCCAGGCAUUAGAUAUUUUAUUAUAAGCUUACAAGCCUUACAUUGUGCCUCAUAGUCUAAUAAGUGAUUUAGAAACAAUAAAUAGA